GGUGCAAAGAAACCAUGGACGAGUUACCUGAGACUCAACCAUGCAAUAACAAAACAUAACAGCCUAGAUGACGUGGGUUAUUUGAUUAAGUCCACAAUUUGUACAGUCAAAAAAUGUUCACCGUUUGUUUCUUUUAAUCAAAUCAUUGCGUCGAAUUCAUUUUCUGCGGUCAUCUUCCUUGGCUGGUUUGUUUUUCAGUGAUGGAGCACAUCCGAAUGCCUAAGGUGGAGAAUGUCCAUCUGCUCGACCGGAUGAGCUCCAGAAAACUGUGUGUUGGCACACUGUACCUAACAGCAACCCAUACCAUCUUUGCCGAAAAUGUGUCCGAAAUGCGCAAAGAAACAUGGGUGCUGCACAGCCUUGUGUGUGGUGUAGAGAAGCAGUCGACAAUCGCAGCGGGCUGCCCGCUGCUCAUCCGCUGCAAGAACUUCCAGGUCAUCAAGCUUGUCAUCCCCCAGGAGAGAGACUGCCAGGAUGUGUAUGUGUCCCUCAUGCGCCUCACCAGACCAGAGAGAUAUGGGGAAUUGAGCUGCUUCUCCUUCAAACCCAAGCUGGACAAGGAGGCGAGAGGGCUGGCCUGGAGCUUUAUAGACCUCAAAGCCGAAUACAGUCGCAUGGGCUUCCCCAACAACCUGUGGCAAAUCACUCACGCUAACCACGAAUACAGGGUAUGCGAUACUUACCCCUCCGACCUCUACGUGCCCACCUCGGCCACUCCGCCCGUUAUCGUCGGUAGCUCCAAAUUCCGAAGCAGAGGGCGCUUUCCCACGCUGUCGUACUACCGCCAAGAUAACCAGGCUGCGAUAUGUCGCAGUAGCCAGCCCCUGUCUGGCUUCAGCGCCCGGUGCAUGGAGGAUGAGAGCAUGCUGCAGGCCAUCAUGAAGUCCAACCCUGGCAGCGACUUUAUGUACGUGGUCGACACCAGACCCAAGCUGAACGCCAUGGCCAAUCGGGCUGCAGGGAAAGGCUAUGAAAAUGAAGACAAUUACUCCAACAUUAAAUUUCAGUUUGUUGGCAUCGAGAAUAUCCACGUGAUGAGGAACAGUCUGCAGAAAAUGGUAGAAGUGUGCGAGCUCAAGUCUCCGUCCAUGGGGGACUUCCUGUGGGGGCUGGAGAACUCCGGCUGGCUCAAACACAUCAAGGCCAUCCUGGACGCCGGCAUCUUCAUAGCCAAGGCCGUGGCGGAGGAGGGCGUCAGUGUGCUGGUGCACUGCUCGGAUGGCUGGGACCGGACCGCUCAGGUGUGCUCUGUGGCCAGCCUGCUCCUCGACCCCUACUACAGGACUCUGAAGGGCCUCAUGGUACUCAUUGAGAGAGACUGGGUAUCAUUCGGACACAAGUUCUCCCACCGGUAUAACCAUCUGGACGGAGACCCUAAAGAGGUGUCCCCCGUCAUCGACCAGUUCAUCGAGUGCGUCUGGCAGCUCAUGGAGCAGUUCCCCUGUGCCUUCGAGUUCAACGAGAGGUUCCUCGUCCAAAUCCACAGCCACGUCUACUCCUGCCAGUACGGCAACUUCCUGUGUAACAGUCAGCGGGAGAGGAGAGAGCUUAGGCUACGUGAAAGGACUCACUCUGUUUGGGCAUACUUGUGGAAGAACAAGGCUGACUUCAUGAAUCCUCUGUACAGACCAGACCACAGUCAGGCUCAAGGAGUUCUACGGCCAGUUACCACCCCCUACUGUUUUAAGUUCUGGAGGGGCUUGUAUAACCGCUUCGACAAAGGCCUGCACCCACGCCAGUCUGCCCUGGACUGCCUGAUGGCUGUGGCUGAGGAGACUCAGCAGCUAGAGGAGGAGCUGACCGUGCACCAGGAGAGAAUAGAAAAGCUGCGAAAGAAUCCAGGAAUGAAGAUCGUCAUGGAGACAGAUCCAGUGGAAAUUAGCAAACAUGUCCGGGCUCCUUCCUCGGACAGCACCGUGGCCAACACCCCUCAGGACUACAGUGGCAGCCUGGGCCAGCAGGGGGAGCCAGAGAGCGCCCUGCUGAUCCUCCCUCGGGACACGCUGAAGAGCUCAGACCCUGACCUCUCCGCCAACAGUGACCAGGAGUCGGGCGUGGCGGACCUGAGCUGCCGCUCGCCCGGCGGAGGAGACUCCCUACCCAGCGAGGAUAGCGCCAAGGACCCGGACUCGGACGAGGCCGUCUACUCCGCUGCCUGAGCACAAAUGGGUGGAGCAAAUAUGCAAUGUCAGGGGCGAGCUUCGCUUUGCAAACACGGCUGUGAAAUAUAAACUUAAGACAUAAACUUGGGGCCAGUAUGACUUGAAUUCACAAUUAGAGGUGAGUGGUGUGUAUAAAGUUGUAUCAUUUUAUGUGAAAUGUAGUCCCCCCCCCAUUUCUCAUUGGCCAUUUUAUGUGUAUGUGUAUUUGUCUUCCAUGCAAGGAGAAUGUGAAUCAUUACAGACUGAUGUGAAUCUGUUUUUGAAGACACAAUUGCUCUUGGCUGGGAAAAAAAUAUAUUUGGUCCAAUGUCAAUUCAUUAAGCAUUUUUAUCAUCCACUGAAGUGGGGAAAAAUAAAUAUUGAACAAAGAAGUAUUAAAUACCCAAAUCUUAGAAUUUUAAUUAAACACAAAUAAAUGAUGACAGAGGAAGACCAAGUUGUGCAUUAUUUUGUAUUUCUUCUGAGGCAGUGCUUGGGUCAUUCUACGAAGAGCUAAAACUUUAGGAACAUAAAAUUUGUGAUGAGUAAGUCUGACUAAGCAGUUUCUCCAUGGUUAAUCUCCAUUUAAGUUUCAUUUAAAAGUGCAGUUAGAAAAUAAUUGUCAGGUGAGCUACUAUGAAAGAGCUUGUGUUGUGCUUUCACUGUCCUCUUUAAGCCAUAGUGUGGACACUGCUGCUGCUCCCACCUGGAAAUUUCCCUUUCAUCUGCUGACAAAAUGUAGCCUAGCCAGGAUAGCGCUUUUGUUACCAAAGAAAAUGGUACUCUGACCUAAUUCUACCUUUCAUAGAGGAGUAAAUGCAGGACAGGGUGUGCAGAGAUUAUGCUUGACCCUGCUGUUGUCAUAAGCCAAAUCAAAGCAGCCAAAGGAAGCCCAUCUCUGCUUCAUCGUCGCCAAAAAACUAAAAACAUAUUUUCACUGAAUUAAAUCAACUCUAUGGCCAUGAAUCUCUGUUAUCAUCAAUGAAAAAGCAAUACAAUGAGUGUCUUUUUUUGUCUGUUUGCAUCUACAAUACCUCUUUUACACUGAGGGUUACAUAGCUUACAUUAUUGUUCACUUUUGCCUCUAGAAACUUCUGUAUAUUGAGGUAUGUUAUGUUCAGAAUACCAGUACCACCGAACAACUAUAGAGUCUCUUUGAGAAACAAUCAAGGAAAUACAACAGAAAAAUCUUACUUGCUUAUAAGCAAAUAUCGUGAUUUAUUUAAAUUGACAUUGUAUGUUUAUAUGUAUUUAUAUGUAAAGUGGAGAAGUAAUAUGUUAUGCACCCUGUGGUAUGCUGAUAGUGGAUGAGAUGAGGAGCAUUCUUUUGACUAUUUUGAGGUCCUUUCAGAAAUAUCACAAGUUUAAUUCAUGUAUUAGCAGUGUUUAUGGUUGCUCUGGCAUAUACAUGUAGAAACGGCAACAGACUUCCAGGGGUCUGUGUGAAUUAAUAGAAGUAGACUUGUUAUUUUUGGACAUACAAUGUAACAUCAGCCAAGAAUGUCUGAAAUGUUUACUACACAUGCAGGAUCAAACACAUAUUUGUAUAUAAUGUAUGCAACAUAAUUUGUCUGAUUAUGUAUAUAAUUAAAUAAAAUGAAUACCUGUUAA